AUGUGGGUAUUUGGGUAUGGGUCGUUGAUUUGGAAGAUUGAUUUCCCGAUUCAUCGACAGGUUGUGGGGUAUAUAAAGGGUUACCAACGAAGGUUUUGGCAAGGCAGCACAGAUCACCGCGGAAUUCCUGGAAAGCCAGGAAGAGUUGUAACAUUAAUCAAAUCUAAGAAUCCCGAGGAACAAGUGUGGGGUGUGGCCUAUCAGAUCGCACCAGAAAACGUGGAGUCUGUAAGAGCUCAUCUCGACCACAGGGAAAAAGGAGGUUACACUUCUGUUGAGGAAGUAUUUCACCCCGACGACGACACGCCUGACCCGUUUCCUCUGACAAUUUACAUGGCAACAGAGACCAAUACGAAUUAUCUUGGACCUGCACCUAUAACAGAUAUCGCGCAGCAAAUUGUGAACUCUGUGGGUCCGAGUGGCAAAAACACAGAAUACUUGUUAAAUUUAGCCGAAGCAGUGCGAAAAAUUUCUCCUCAUGUUCAUGAUUCUCAUUUAUUCGAGCUGGAGGCUGAAGUUAUAAAACUUUGUGAAGAAUUUAUAGAGUCAUGAUUGUGAUUCAGUGUUUUAACCUCUGAGGGUACAAUCUCACAAGUCACAUGUAUCAUAAGGAUUAAACUUGAAAUUUGUUUCCCCUUUAUGACCAACCUCAAAAAAAAAAUGUCCUGACUCCAAAUAUUUUAUUGCUAUUUCUGUCCCAAGAUACAUUUAUUUUUAUUAACAAGUAUGAAACAAUUUAUUAAAUAGGUAUGACACCUUGUCUUUUCUCAGCUGACUCAGAAUUUUGUUUAGACUACUAGUAUAUAUUAUAUAUAAUAAAUGUAGUAAUAGUGAUUUGCUUAUUGAAUGUCACUAUUUUACUCUUUUGGCCCCACAGAUAAAACAUUAAUGAUAUCCUACCCACUGGUACCCAUAGGUCAAAAUAAUAGGCCAAAAAGGGGAAACAAACAUUAUUCUUUAAUUCAGCCUUAUCUUAAAAGGGCAUUAGCUGCAAAAGUCACGUUUGCCAAUUGUUACCAAACUGACUGAAACAGCUUUACAUUAAUACGUAAAAACCACCACUGACACAUUAAAAUGUAUCAUGUAUAUCUUGCUAUCUUUUGUUGUAAUUUUCAGUUUUCACAUUAGGAUUUUUUUGUUUAUACAGAAACAAUGGCUGAAACAUUGUAUGGAAGUAUAUAAGCCAUUGCAGAGAAACUUUACAUAAUUUUCAUUUCAGAAAGUCAAUUGUAGAUUGCUUGUUUUUCACUCUCACAUUUAUUUUAUUUUUCUUCAUAUUUUAACAAAUUUCAGCAUUUUAAUCAUAGUUCAGAAUUAAAUUUUAAAAGUUUUUUACAUCCUAGUUAACAUCUAGUGCCCUUUUAACAUAUUCUUUUUUAACGGGGCAUGGACACAAUUUGAACUAAGCAUUUUCAAAUUUUAUUUUCCCAUUUUUAAUAUUUUAUAAUGUUUCACUAAGGUAUUUCUAAUAGUCAUAGAAAAUUUUAAUAUCAGUUGUCGAGAUACAGCACUCACAAUUCUUUGUUAUGUUUUUGUUUUCAUAUAGAUGGCUUAAUACAAAAUAUCAUGUUCAAAGCAAAAUGAGAAGUGACAAACACUAGAAACUGUUUAGAAUUAACUUGUAAUUUGAAAAAUCACAUUAAAUAAAACUUGUAUAUUUAACCUAUGUAAACAAAACAUGACAUAAGCCUUGUUUACAUAACAAAGAAUUGUGAUCUCUGUAUCUCUCUUGUAACUCAACAACCAGCAUUCAAAUAUUUGCUGACCAUAAGAAAUACCUUAGUUAGGCAUUGUAAACAUUAAAAAUGGAAAACUAAAAUUUGAAAAUUUUCAGCUCAAAUUAUGUCCAUGCCCCUUUAAAUGUCAUGAUGAUAUACAUGUAUGACUAAUAAAAAUAGUUUAAUUGA